GGCUGUUGGAGAUAAUUGCGCAGAUAGCGCGCUGGGCAGAGCCGCCGCAGUGGACCAGCUGUCCUAGUUGCCGCUGCCACCGCCGUGCUCAUGGCCACCAACGCGCGUGAGCGCUGCCGCACGCACAAUGUGAACUCAGCAUAUACAGCACUGCGCUCGCUGAUACCAACAGAGCCACGAGAUCGCAAACUUUCACGGAUUGAGACGUUGCGUCUUGCUGUGAGCUACAUUACACACCUUAGCCAUCUCAUCACAGCAAGUAACGAUUCUCUACCAUGUCAUCAGUUAUCAUUAGAGAAUGAGAGAGAGACCUACAGCACAAUUUGUACCUUCUGUCUUACACAUGUACAUGGAAUGGGUCAUUACAAGAAUAAGGAAUCAAAAUAUGGAAAAUGAAUCAGUGGCGAACAGAUACUUCCCAAGCAAUGACAUCAGAUUUACUAAGCACACCACAUACUUUGCUUGCAAUACAAUUCCAGGAUGUACUGCCACACUAUUAGCUAUUGCUGUCAGCAACGUUUGCUGCUAUGUUGUAAGGUUUGUAAUGUUACACUUAGAAUAUUGAGGAGUAACUGUCAGGUGAAGUGGAACUACUUCCCCCAUGUGGAGAUGUUAUGCUGCUAAUAACUGUAAUAUAUGUCACUUCAGGUAAACUUUAAAGUAACACAACUGAGUGAUUGGCUUGAGAUCUGUACAUGUCAAAAAUUAACACCUAUAUGUUAAUUAUAUGGCCAUCAGUAGUAACACAUACUCAGGUCAAAUCAUACAUAUCUGUUUACACAGAGAGAGUGCACAAGAUUAUGCUAAAUCAGUUGUAGCAUAUUUUAAAUUUAAAAUUAAUAGAAUUCAACUCAAAGGUUAUUAAAUAAACACUACUAUAUGAUCUAUUGACAGAUAAACACACUUAAAUUACAUUGUUCAUUUGUUACCAAGAACUGUAAUCAUAAGAGAAGCCAAAAU